UUCGUUAUAAUUAUGAAUAUUCAUCAUUUUUAUUCAAAAUUUAAUUUACUAGAAACACAAGUAGGAUUUGUUUAUAAAGAUGAUAAUGAUACGAUGCCUUUAUAUGUCUACAGAAUCGAUAAUAUAACAUUUGAACUUCGAGAUGUGUUAAAGGAAGAAGAAAAAAUCAUCUAUGAGAUAAGUUUAGUAUCUGAUAUAAAAGAUAGUCUCAAUGUUCGUAUUUUACCAAGAUGAUGCUUGUUGCAAAUAAAUAACAAUUUGAAUCAUUUUUUUUAUAAAUUAGGCUCGAUUCCAAUUUGCUAAACAUUUUUAUAUGAAUGAUAAGCUUUAUUUCUUUCUUGCAACUGAAUCAGUUGACGGUUUAGAGACCUUCAUUUAUUUAUUAGAACUAACGAGUAAAAAAAUAUUACACCGCAUUUCAUUUACAAGAAAGAUAAAAGGAGAAAUUACAAAUAUAUACGUUUCUGGUGCAUUAAAAAACAAUAACAAGGAUGAUUAUUAUAUUGCUACUAUAGGCACUAAAGAUUCAGCCAUCUAUGUAUUUCGUUUUACUAUGGAUAUGAUACUGUCAAACGAAUCUUGUUUGGCAUGUGCACUAUUACGAACAGAUGCUAAAAAUGCCUUAACACAACACGUUAUUGUUCAUCAUAAUCAAUCUAAAUCACCCGCUAAUGUGUACGUUGUCUGUGGAGGGUUUAAUGGUAUUAUCGAUUUCUUUUUAUUACAAGGCGGUCCUAUUCAAGAUGAGCCAAAACUUGAAUUUAAUAGACAUCAACUUGGUAAACUCCCUAGUCAAUUGCCAAUCGUCGGUCUUCAAUAUUUUCAUAUUCCUAAUAAUGCAAGUGAGGUCUUGUUUGUGGUUAUUCAAAAAUUAAUUAAUCCAGUUAAUAUAAGUCUUCAUCGUCGUCGAUCCCUUGAACCUUCCUUAUCUGUGAUUAAAUUAGAUGUACAAAAUUUAAUAGGUAAACAAAUAGCUUCUACUAAAUUCACUUUUGAAACACACAUUUUACCUCUUAUUCUAAAGAAAAAAGGCAAUGGAGAAGAAAUAUAUGAAUCAAGGACAUGCAGUUAUGUAGAAGAAGAGAAGGGAUCUAAUUGUAUGAUCACAGCAUGUGAUUUUAAUGUAAAAGAGUUUCAGUUUGGUGAAAAACUAAAUACAGUUUUAAAAAAGACUACAGAAAUUAGUGAUAAAAAAGAACCAGUAGAACAAAUAGCUAUUAUUGAUAAAAAGACAUGUUGGAUUUUAUACAAAGAACACAUGUUGUAUAUGAAUGAAACUAAACUAGAUAAGAAAAGACAUUAUUCCUUAAUGGCAUAAUUAUUAAAUCCCAGCGUAUAGGAAAUAAAACAUCCAGAUAAGCAACUAAGAGUGUUAAAUUCUAUUCAUUUAGCCAGUUUCAACCUCAUGUUUAC